AUCGUUUUUUGCUAACUUUAUAAAAAGCAUUGAGGAAAAACGCACUGUAAAACCGUCUAUGGUUUCAGGUUUAGCCUUUCCAGCUGUAAUGUCGAAAGACUGUAGCAAGUCUUGAUGAUCCAGAUGGAAGGGGGCGGACACAUUCCGAGAACCCCACAACGGGGUCUUUUAAGGAGUUUUGGCUUUAAUACAACUAACGAUUGUUUUGAACGCAUACAUUGAAGACCCGCAGAAGAAAAUGACCAGCGAAGUUGAACCCGAGGAGCCCGAGGUUUGUGUCGCUGCUCCGGCGGUUGCUGCAGCGCAGAGCGCGAGCGGCUCGGGCGAGGCCGGGACAUUACUGGAAGUUAAUUUCCAGAAGAACCACAGACAAAAAUACAAAUACCUGGAGGCAGAACCCAAGAUUUUAGGGGUCACCGAGAUCGCGCUCACCGUCUUCUUCGUUGUUAGCAAAAUUUCGUUUUAUGUACGACUGUCUGAGUUACAUAGAUUCAUGCUGGGGUUGUCAUGUGUUGGCAUUAUUUCUGGCAGUGUGGCCAUUGCAUCGCAGAAACUUCACCUGCCAACAAUUAAGGCUUGUUUGGGAAUGCAGGUGGUCACAUGUGUGGCAUAUACCUUCUGUUUUCUGGGAACUGUUGCUGAGCCAUAUUCAGAGAUCAUUGGCUGCUGGUAUAAUUUUAAUCACAGCGAGAUAACACAUGAAAAUGACGUAUGCCUACAAAUAGAGAAAGGAUUUAAUCUACAGUAUUCAAUAGAUCAGCUGAUGGAGGUGACUCAGAUCGUCCUCUCCAUCACGAUAGCGGCGUACUGCUGCAAAGUGAUUCCCUGCUGCGCUCCCAGAUCUCAUGUGCCUGUCAUCGUUAUGACGCCACCCACAGCUGCGCAAUGAAAGUGGGAGUGUGUGCAUCCAAAAAGACUAAUAAUACUAAUAUAAAACUCAAUCUUACAACACAUUAUGAAAUGUUAUUACAUUAUACCAAACAUAUCACUAAUAUAUCUAUAUACAAAUAUUUAGAGAACAUUAAAACAUCUUGUCUUUAAACAGUUUUUUUAAAUGUCUUUGUCUCAGACCUACAUCUUAAUGAACAUAACUGUGUAUGAAUAUAUAUUCCAAUCAAUUUUACAAUACAAUAACAUAUAAAACUAAUAAAAAAAGUUAUUAAAAUCGAAUAUGCAAAUGUUUUUACGUGAAUAUGCAAAUUAUUUACCUUCUUUGGAUAGGGUAUUCCACACAAAAAUUACAUUUCUAUCUUCAUACUGCUUCUUUCAUUCGAAAGAUAUUAUGAAGAAUGUUGGGAACCAAACUAAAUUGGAGCCCAUUGACUUCUAUCAUACAAUGUAGACAAAAAAAAAGUAAUACAGUGAAAGUCAUACAGGUGUGGGCAUUACGACAGAAUUCUCAUCCUGAUGUGGAAUACUGCUUCAAACCAAUGUGAAAAAAAAGCAAUGCUAUUAAUGUAUCAGUUGUGAAAUAAAAGAUUUUGCAUUGAA